UGGAGUUACAUUUAUGUUUGACAUUUAUUCCAAGUAGUAACACUACUAUUCUCAUAGAUCGCUUACGUGCCUAUGCCGGACAUAUCUUUAGCACAACGUUCCUGGUUCGUUCGUAACAUUAUACAUCAAUUCGUUUCAGAAAGUGCUUAGUAUUGAACCUAAAGUUGAUGCAAAGUUGUCGAAUUAGGCGCUGCUGUCUUCGUUUGACGAAGCGAAGUACUAAGCACGCUCUGCCGACAAAUCUAAGUGUAUUCGGGCUGACUUGAUGGCAGCUUCUGAUAAAGCCAAUGAAGUGGCUCGGUUCUGCCAAAGGAUUUAGUAGUCAAUGGUGUACCGUUUCUUUAUUUGCUAUCGACACACAAAGAAAACCUGAGUGCAAGUGACAAAUGAGAUGAUUCAGCUAAUCGACAAUGCGAACAUUAGUGUUUCUAUAAGCAACAUAAAGAGCUGAAGUUUUGGUAUCAUGUUGGUGUCAGCAGCAAGUCCGACCGGGCGGUCGUUGUCUGCCAUGUUCCGACGGAGAAAUCUAUCGUCUUCAUCGGCCCCCACGAGUCGCCCAGAGAAGCAGUCGCUGACGUCAGGCCCACCCCCUCCUGCGACCAUCGUCCCUCGUUCGGCAGACGGCCCACGCCCCCCCGGGUGGAAUGGCCAGCCCAGGAGGCAUGGCUCCAGCAGGUUCAACGUCAACAGUCACAACCAGGAGCUGGUCAAGCUACCGCCUAUCAAAGACGCCCCAGCAGCAGAAAGAGAACAGCUAUUCGUCCAGAAACUGCGGCAAUGCUGUUUGCUGUUCGACUUUGCGGACGAGCCCCUGUCCGACCUGAAAUGGAAGGAGGUGAAGCGAGCCGCGUUGUUAGAAAUGGUGGAAUACGUUACGUCACAGAGAGGCGUCAUCACAGAAGCUAUAUACCCAGAGGCGGUUAAUAUGUUCGCAAUAAAUCUAUUCCGGACGUUACCGCCGUCGUCCAACCCGAACGGUGCGGAAUUCGACCCAGAAGAGGACGAGCCCACACUAGAAGCGGCCUGGCCGCACUUACAACUGGUCUACGAGCUGUUCCUGAGGCUGCUGGAGUCGCCAGACUUCCAGCCCAAUGUCGCUAAGAAGUACAUAGACCAGAAGUUUGUAUUACAGUUACUAGAGCUAUUCGACUCUGAAGACCCGCGGGAGAGAGAUUUCCUAAAGACCACACUACACAGGAUAUACGGCAAGUUCCUAGUAUUGCGGGCGUACAUUAGGAAACAGAUCAAUAAUGUAUUCUAUAGGUUUAUAUACGAGACUGAACAUCACAACGGCAUUGCGGAGCUACUGGAGAUCCUCGGCUCCAUCAUUAACGGGUUCGCGUUGCCGUUAAAAGAGGAACAUAAAAUGUUCCUUCUCAGGGUACUAUUACCCCUGCACAAAGUGAAGUCGCUGUCGGUUUACCACCCCCAGCUGGCGUACUGUGUGGUCCAGUUCUUAGAGAAGGACCCCUCGCUCACACAACCUGUAGUUAGGGCAUUAUUGAAAUACUGGCCGAAGACGCACUCGCCCAAGGAGGUGAUGUUCCUGAACGAGAUGGAGGAGAUCCUGGACGUGAUCGAGCCCGCGGAGUUCCAGAAGAUCAUGGAGCCGCUGUUCCGGCAGCUCGCCAAGUGCGUCUCCAGCCCGCACUUCCAGGUGGCAGAGCGAGCGUUAUACUACUGGAACAACGAGUACAUAAUGUCACUGAUAUCGGACAACGCCACACACAUACUGCCGAUCAUGUUCCCGUCGCUGUACCGGAACACGAAGAGCCAUUGGAACAAAACUAUACAUGGAUUGGUUUAUAACGCGCUCAAGUUGUUUAUGGAAAUGAACCAGAAGCUGUUCGAUGAGUGCACGCAGCAGUAUAAGCAAGAGAAACAGAAAGAACGGGAGCGGAUGGCGCUGCGCGAGGAGAUCUGGCAGCAGCUGGAGCACCGCGCCGCCGCCAGCCCCGCCGCGCCGCUCGAGACAAAGAAGCCGGGCUACAACGCCAGCAAGCCGCUGCUGCGCAAGAAGUCCGAGCUCCCCGCCGACAGCAGCACGGUGAAGGCGCUCAGCGAACACAAGCGGGCGGACGUCUACCUCGCCACGCCGCCUGACGUCAACCAGUGCUAGCGCCCGCUGCGUCACUACCACCGGGACUGUAGCAAGAAAUAUUUAUGAAGCACACGGAGGCCAAUUCAGCUAAAGGAAGGUACGUCAGCCGCGGCAGUAUACGUCAAAACCAUUCCACUACAGUACCACCCGCAAUGAUUUAUCUUUUUAUAUACUUUUUUAGCCGAAACGUGGUCACUUCUAGAUAUAAAUAGUUUAUGUUAUCGGAGCCAUAAAUAUAACUUAACUAUAAUUUAUUUUAAAAACCAAAUAUGCAUUAUUUGAUCAUAGGUUCGAUGUAUUUUUUUUUUUUGUAUAUUGAUUGUCUUUAAACUGAUCAUGUUUAACAAAAUUUUUGUGCAUUUAAACCAAAAUUAUACACAACUAAAUAUUUUAAGAUAUAUUUACUCUGUUUUUCACAAUCGUGCGGAAAUAGAUAAUUUAAAUUAACAAAUUCAUAAAAUAAUUACGUAAUAUUCAUUUAAAUAGGAUUAUUAUGACAAAAGAGAUCACCUUUAUAGAUGUCGAAUUUUAAGUUAGGUAACAAUUGAGGAGGGCCUAAUGGGGCUUAAAGAGGGACAGAAAUAGAAGAGUUUAAUUUAAAUCCCUCCUAUAUGGUUCACUUAGGUUAAUAUAAGUUAACAUGCCUUUCUGCCUAAGAAUUAAUUAUAUUUUGUUUACUAACUCACAGUAAUGCAUUUGAUGUUAGGAAUUACGUGAAAUUAAUCAGUUAGAUCACGCUUAGAAAAAUAUUAAACUUACCUACAUUAUAAACCAACUCGUAAAACCAUUGGCCUUGUAAGCAUUUUUUAAAACGACAAUUUUCCAUGUGUAACGCGUAGGAUCGUAUUGGGUAUUCAGCCUUUUUCUAUCACACACCUUUAGCGCGAAAGAGAUGGGAGAAUUAUUCGUUACUUACGCGUAACGCAGUGGACUCGCUAACCAAAAAGUAACUCGUAAUAAGUAAACGUUUUCACUGGUCCAUGGCAUAUCGUAGAUUUUACUUAGUACAUUUUUUAUAACGAUCGUGUUAACGAUUACAAAUGUGACUAAAACUUAUGUUUUUCCGAUGACAGUUUGGUAUUUAAAAGGCGUUUAGAUUUUUAGUUACUCUGAUCAUUUUAAUUGUUAGAUAUUAAUAUGUGGGCGAAAUCAUGAGUGGAUCUCAAGAGUGGUUAAAAGCACUUAUUUAUUGUUAACUGUUUUAGGUGGAUUCGUGCACGGCAUUUUUUAAUUGAACACUUUUUCUUUUCUUUGUCUUAUUUAACCAAGACACCGACCGCAACUGUUUUAAAUCUUUGCAUUAGUAGACGACAAUAAUUCAAUGUUUUAAUUCGUUGUACGCUGCGUGACGAAAGUUGUAGCGGGUAUUCAAUGUUAAUCAACAUUAGAUUAUAUCCGUCUCUGUCACAAAUCUUACGUGCGUGAGAGAGAAAACGAAUACGUGGGUAUCCUAUUUUUUAACACACAAAAUAUUUGUGAUUUGUUUGCUCAACACUGCAGACGAUCUUCUAUAGGAGUCUGAGUAAAUCAAGAAAUGAGCCAUUGAAUGUGAAUGAGCCACAGAAUGACUAGCCAUUUCUUUUGCGCAUAAAGUUUGCGAAUGAGAAAGAUUGAACGCACGCUAACCUACGCGUCACGCAGCAGACCACUAGCGGUAUUUACGAUCGUUUGAGCCGCACUAGUGUCUUAUAGAAUAUAGCUUUCAUAAGUUUGUAUUGUAUUUUUUUGUUUAGGCAAAGUUACGAAGAACAUCACGUUAAAUUGGAUCUCAAUCUGAUAUGUUAUGUUUAUUUUAAACAAUUGUGUAUAUAAAAGGGACACGAACCUUUUUUAUUUGUUGCUGAUGUUUCAUCCGUGAUGGAUGUAACUCCAUAGCAACAUGAGGUACGUGCCACCCAUUGCUAUACAGUAAAAUUUGCCCAAACCGCCUUACAAUUUCCAUGUUGGCAUGUACUACCGUAGCUUGACUAUAUAUAAUUGUUAACUAUUUUAACUUAGAUCGGAUUGUACAUUUUUCUAUGGACACAUGUAUGUUUUGUAUGUAUUCCGCCGUUCGCUACCAGACAAAAUUGUUAAAUAUUCAUCAAUAUAUUGAUAUGUUGAAGUGUAAGCUAGAAACACACACAUAUAUAAUAAAAUUAGACCUGUAUGUGUUUUAUGUAUUCGAUAUUAAUCAUCCAAUCAGAGUUGGGCCUGCGUAAUAGGUCGUGGCCCAUAUUCCUUGUCGAUCUAUAUGCAAACUCGCAUUGUAGAAUGGCUGAAUAUCAUGAUGAUAUAUUAAAAUCAUUUUUAUAUCACAUAGCAAAUAAAAGUUCUGGGACUCGUAUUGAUGCAUAUCGCUAUUGUGGUGUAGAAGUUCAUACAAUGAAUUCGUGUUUCUAGCUCAUACAUUAAUCGUGUACAAAAUUAGGCAUGAGAUUAGUAACCAAUGGGAAUACAUACUAGUAAUGCUAGUUAUGGAUAUUUAACUGUGGUUUGUAAAACAUAGCUUGAUCCAUGUGAUAGGUGACAUUAGUAUGAAAAUAAGUCUCUGUCGCUCUCAUUACGUUCAUUUUGUCAAGCUAUAUUUUACACACUAUCAAAUAUCAGAAAAAUUAAUCAGAAAUGUUUACUUUUCAGAAAACAAAAUUAUAAAUCAUGUAAAAAAUAAUUUGUACCAAUUGCGCAUUUCGGGAGAUUUCUAUCCAUUUCAGCAUCAUAAAUUAUUUUCAUUUAUUUAAUUCAUGAUUUUCUUUCUUCUAUUGUGUUUUAUAAAAAUAUUACUCGUUUGUUAUAGGGAUAGUUUCAUUUUAUUUUUUUUAAAACCAGAUUCACAAUUAAAAAAACUGAAAGUGAUGUCUAAAUUUAUCGUGACUAUAUUAACUAUACAUAGCAAAGGUUUAGCUGUAAGUAGGUUAGGUAUGUACAGUCAAUGGUGUCUGGUAGCGCUAGAGCCAACGACUAUACUCCAUUUGUUUAGAUAAAUAAAUAUAAACAAUUUUGAUAUUUCUUUUCAUUGCAACGUAGAACAGAAAAAACUAUAGACAUCGUCAGAUGUUCCAUUUAGUCAUACAUGAAAGAGAAUAUACUAAAAUAUAAGAGAAGCGGGACAAAUAGUUGAUUUGUCCCGUUGCAGGUAGGCGUGAAAUUUGUAAUUCUAUCUUAUCUGGUAGCCACAUAAGAUAGAACUACAAAUUUCACUUGUCUGUAGUUUUCACUUGUCACCGCUCACUUGUCUGUAGUUUUUUCCGCUCUACCUAUUGAAAUAUACGCUUCAUAAAUUAAUAUUGACAAAAAUGUAAUUUAUAUUAUUGUUAAUUAGUAAUUUGCAAGGAUAUUGAUUUGUAAAGUGUAAUAGGACACGUGAAUAUUGUUUACCUUUAAAUAUCUAAAUAAAUGGAGUAUAACUAGGUCUAGCAGUUAUUUUAUAACGGUUAAUAUAACUUUAUAUUGUAUAGGGAAUUUUCGCAAUACGCUUCUGGCAAGCGGACAUUUUGUAUAAAAUUUUGAUACCCGUAUCUUGUUGAUGAUUUGAAGAUGAUCCGCUGAAAUCAAUUAUCGAUAUUAUUUAUUUAGUAACUGAUGAUGAAAUAUUUAUUUUUGUAGGAGUUGGAACGACGUUUUUAUACGUGAACAUAGCUCAUCUAAAUAUAGUUUGAUCUUUUAAGUUAUGCAAAUGACAAUUUAAUGUACAAAUGUGACAUUCCAAGAGCAUUUUUCCCACUGAAUAAUAUCAAAGCUGAUCGCUUCAAAUUAUUGACAUAAUACGAUCCUACGGGGAUCAGUUUUCAGGAUGGCAAAAUUGUAUCAUUCAUUAUAAGACAAUAAAUUGAGUAUUGCCGAUCGGAAUUUUUUUUUCUCAUGCAGUCCGACUAUCUUUCUCGAAUAUAUAAGGCUUGAGACACUUAUUUUUAAUAGUUCAAAGACCACAAAAUGGAAAAAAAAGAACUAAUUUUAGCAGCCUUGUGUCCGCUGUGUUACGCAUAGUUACAACGAAUAAUCUGUGGUCCACCUAAGUUGUGUGAGACUGAAUAUUCGUCGUAACUAAGAGUGAUGAUCGCCGUUCAUGUCUUGCCUAGGCUAAAAAAUAUUAAAAUAAAUUAGCUAUUAAUGUUGACCUAACCACGAAAGAAGGCCCGUGGAUGAGGAACUAUCAAUAGGCCACAUUGUUGUUUCCAUCGACAGUAGCGCCACCUUUGUGGGACAUCUUUUGUUUGACGGACUUUACAAAGAUUUCAACACAACUUUGGCUGCGCAAAAUGAGUACAACAUGCCGCCAUAAAACUGAUCUUCGUAAUUUAGCGUGACAGUCACCAGCUAUCGCGCUGUAAAUGUCUUGUUGACGCGAAAGCGACCUCACCCAUCAUUUGCAAGCUGUUCUACAAAUUGAUAAAUUUUGUAUAAAUAUUUAUAACGAUAAUGUAACUGUUGAAAACAAAUAUUGUAACAGAUGACAUAUUAUAAGGUGCUUAUGAUUAUCGUUAUAAUACAAUGUUGUGCAUAUAA